UGAAUUCACUAUAGCCGAACAGCCAUUUAGUUAUGAUCAUCAACCGAUCUUCCAUUAUUCAUGGUUUAUUCAUUUCAUCAAAAAUCUUACCGAUUAUUUUUUUGUGAUAAUACCAUCAAACACAUUCGUUGGAUUAAACUCUUGGUGUACGGUGUUCCGGCAAACAAUGAACUCCCAUUGACCAUCGAAGAUGAUCAUCAAUCAUCCUUAUUAUCAUCUGAUGUUGAAGAUAAUCUAAAAUCUAACAAACCAGAAAAAUUGGGCGUAAAAAAUAUUAGUGUUUCCCAUUUGGUGUAUUGUUUUUUCGGUCUACAAAUCUCAUUUUUAACAUGGGGAAUUUUGCAAGAAAAAAUUAUGACACAAAAUUAUGUUGUUCACAGUUCUUUUAUUGAUACUUAUUCGAAUCAGAUAACAGAUAAUCUACUUUCUAUAAUUUCCACUGAUCCGGUAAAUCCGAGCAUGAUAAAUAUAAAAUUUCGAAAUGCUCAAUUUUUAGUCCUCAUCAAUCGAGUAUUAGCCUUCAUCAUUGCUGUGAUAGUAUUAUUGUAUCAGCAAAAUUAUCAUUCAACGCAACGGAAAUCAUUUUUUCGAACAAAACAACCACCAUUCUAUAUGUACAUCUAUUGUUCAUUAUCAAAUAUUAUGAGCAGCUGGUGUCAAUAUGAAGCACUAAAGUAUGUUAGCUUUCCAGCACAGGUUCUAUCAAAAGGAUGUAAAAUGAUACCAACAAUGGUAAUGAAUCAAAUCGUUAUGGGUCGUACACAGAAACGUGAAGAAUGGCUUUUUGCAAUCGCUAUUUCAUUUGGUAUGUCUAUAUUUAUGCUUAAUGAGAAACGAGAAUCACAUGGAAAUAUGAACGAAACAAUUAAUGAUUCAUUCACGUUUUCAUCGUUUAUGUCGGGCAUCAUCAUCUUGGUUCUCUAUCUAACAUUCGAUUCGUUCACAUCGAAUUGGCAACAAUCGCUUUUUGAUAAAUAUCGAUCAUUGACUAGUCUGCAUAUGAUGGCUGCUGUCAAUUUUUAUUCAAUCCUAUUCACAUCGAUUUCUUUAUUGCAACAAAGCGAUUUCUUUCCGGCAAUCAGCUUAUUAUUUGCAAAUCCUGCUUUAAUGUUGGAUUGUAUAAUUUUAUCAAUAUGUUCAGCCGGUGGACAGUUGUUUAUAUUCCAUACGAUCUCGACAUACGGUGCAAUUAUUUUCACUUUGAUAAUGACCUUACGGCAAGCGUUUGCCAUUCUCUUAUCCUGUUUUAUAUAUUCACAUUCAAUCACAUGGUUAGGUUUUCUUGGUAUUGUGAUUAUUUUUGCCUCAUUAUUUCUCAAAUCCUAUAGAAAAUUUUCCGAACGAAAAACAAAAACAACUAUUACAUUAAACAGUAAACCAAAUCAUCAAAAUGUUUGAAUAAAUGAAUUUUAAAAAUGUUUA